AUGGAUUCUAAUAAUCAUGUAGAACAAACAAAGAAAAAAUUAAUUGAAAUCAAUGAUUAUGUUGUAUUCCAUACUCAACUAGAAUCUUGUAUUACUUUUAUUCAAUCAAUUUAUAAUGAAAAAAUCUUGUUUAUUACUUCAAUUUAUGAUGUAUUACAAAUAUUACCUCAUAUUACAACUUUAACUCAAAUUGACAGCAUCUUUAUUUUCAACUGGAAAAAAGUUAAUAAUGAACAUUUAGUUCUUGAAAAUUCUAAACUUAUUGGUAUCUAUAAUGAACUCGAUAUAUUAUGUUUAUCAAUUCAAGAACAUAUCGAUUUUCUUGAUCAACAUUUACAAACAUUCAGCUUCUUUGAUCAAGAUGAGUAUUUGACAAACGAUCUAUCAAAACAAACUGCUGAUCUUCUUUGGUUCCAACUUUAUCAUGAUAUUCUCUUUGAGUUAACAUACGAUGAAGAAGCUAAACAUGAAAUGAUCGAUGCGUGUCGUUUCUAUUAUCAAGACAAUAUCAAAGAAUUAGAAAUAAUUGGAAAAUUUGAGAAAGAAUAUCGAUCAGACGAAGCUCUUCAAUGGUAUUUGAAAAAAUCUUGUAUCUACAAAAUCAUGAAAAAAGCAUUACGAACUAAAGAUUUCAAUCAACUGUACAAAUUUCGAUAUUUUAUGAGAGAUUUGACAGAAUGUAUUGUUCAAAAAUAUCAAGAAAUUGCCCGAUCUGGUACAGAAAUAUUAUUCAUGUAUCGAGGAAUGACAUUAACAAGUAAUCAAAUCGAACAAUUCAAAGAGAAUGAAGGUAAACUGGUUUCAAUUAAUGGAUUCUUGACAACAACUACUGUUCGUUCAACUGCGUUGAAUCAAGUGGUGAAGCCUUCGAAACGAACUGAUCUCAUUCCUGUUCUCCUAGAAAUUCAGUGCAAUCUAAAAAAUCUAAGCAACAGCAUUCAUUUCAGUGAAUUUUCAUAUGAAGGACAACAAGGAAUUAUCUUCGAUUCAAAUACUACUUUUCUAUUGAAGAGUGUGAAUAUGGAGAAAGAAAUGUGGUUGAUUGAAAUGAUUGCAUCGAAUGAAGGUCAAAUGAUCAAAGAAAAAUAUAUUAAAGACUCACGUCGUCAAAUGGAAGAUCUGAACAUAAAAACUCUUUUCGGACGAUUAAUGUGUGAUAUAGGUGAAUGGAAUCAAUCACAACAAUUCUUUCAAUAUUUAUUAAAUGAUUCUAAUAUCAAAAAUAAAGAUCUCACAAAGAUUGAAUAUAGUCUUGGUGAAGUUCUUCAAUGGAAAGGAGAAUGGAGCGAAGCACGGAAGUAUUAUGAUAGUGCUUAUGAACGGAUGAGCAAUGUGAAACCAACACAGAUCAAAGAUUCAGCUGAUAUAUUCUUCAAUAUUGGUGAAACUCUUUAUCUAGAAGGAAAGUACGAAGAAGCUCUUGAUUAUUACGAACGAGCAUUAACAAUGCGAAAGGAAUAUUAUUCCUCUACUAAAUUUGAUAGAUCCUUUCUACCGAAUCACCAACAUAGCCCUUUGCUAAGUCGUGUUCACGCGUCAUUCUGGUCGAUUUUAUUGAAUUCAGGUGGAUUCUUUCGAUCAUUUCCCAAAUGGUUUUGGAAUAGAUAUUUUCUUGGUAUUUUUCGUUGGUUCUACUCUAACAAUGCCGAAAACAGUAUGAAGCCAACGGAAGAACAGUCGUGCAAAACUCAGUUACAAGAAACAUGUCGAAAUUUACAGGAAACCAGUAGGUUACAAUUUAGUGAGAUUCACUUGGAUGGUCAUGUGCCUAUUGCUACUAGUCUUCGUAGCUUAGGCAAAAUCCUCUUUAAGCAAGCCAAGUAUAACGAAGCAUUCAUCUUUCAUCAACGAGCACUGACAAUGUUCGAAGAAUAUUAUCAACAUCCUCAUAUCAAUAUCGCUAUUAGUCUUGGCUACAUUGGUCAAGUUCUUACAUAUCAAACAAAAUUCGAUGAAGCCCUCGAUUUCUGUCAACGAGCGAUGUCAAUCUAUACAAGAUAUUAUCCAAAUGGUCAUGUAUACAUCGCCUCUACUCUCAACUACAUUGGUUACAUUCUCUAUAAUGAAGGCAAGCAUGAUGAAGCUCUAAAGAUUUAUGAACGAGCAUUGGCAAUACAACAAAAGUAUUAUCCAUCUGGGCAUGUCGAUAUAGCUUAUACUCUUUCUGGAAUAGGAAAUGCCCACUAUGCACAAGGAAAAUAUGAUGAAGCGGUGGCAUUUAACGAACGAGUAUUGGAAAUCGCACAGAAACAUUAUUUUCCUGGUCAUGACGACAUUAUUUGUACUCUAAACAACAUUGGCUAUAUACAGAAGAAACAAACAAAGUAUGAUAAAUCUCUUGAUUCUCAUCGACGAGCAUUAACACUUCAAGAGAAAUAUUAUCCAUCUUAUUAUGCAAACAUUGCUGAGACUCUCAAUUACAUCUCUGUUGUACUACUUUGUCAAUCAAAAUAUGAUGAAGCUCUAUGUUGUUGUCAACGAGCACUAACGAUGCAGGAGAGCUAUUAUCCUUCGGGUAAUGUCUCGAUAGCUUCGAGUCUCAAUAACAUGGGCAACAUCUUAGAUAAGCAAGGGAAAUACAAUGAAGCGAUUGAUUUUUAUCGACGAGCACUAGCAAUUGUUGAAAAACAUAAUUCAUUUGAUCAUUCUUCCAUUGCAUUCUAUAUGAACAACAUCGGAAUUAUGUUAUGCAAACAAGAAAAGUAUGACGCAGCUCUUGAUUAUCAUCGAAGAGCACUCGAAAUACAAGAAAAAUAUUGUUCAUCACGUCAGCGUGAUCUAGCCAAUACUCUCAAUUACAUCGGUCAUGUUCUUAUUGGACAGAAAAAAUAUAAUGAAACGUUGAAUUUUUAUGAACGUGCACUCGAAAUACAAGAGAAUUAUUAUCCAAAUGGCCAUGAAAGCAUUGCAACAACGCUCAUUAAUAUUGGCACAACAUUUCGUGAGCAACAAAAAUUCGAUAAAGCCAUUGAGUAUCAUCAGAAAGCAUUAGAAAUUCAAAAGAAAUAUUAUCCAUCGGAUAGUGUCUUAAUAGCUGAUUCCAUCAAUCGUAUCGGUCAUAUUCUGUACGAUGACAGUAAGUAUGAUGAGGCGUUUGACUAUUAUCAACGGGCACUCCAAAUACAAGAAAACUUCUAUCCUAAUGAUCACAUUGAAACUUCUCGUACUUUAAACUUCAUUGGUAACACUCUGUAUAAACAAAAAAAGAACGAUGAAGCUCUUCAAUUUCACCGACAAGCCUUGACUAUUCAAGAAAAAAAUUCUGAAUUUGCUCAGAACGAUAUUGCAAAGAGUUUGAACUCCAUUGGUAAUGACCUAUACAGUCAAGAUAAAUAUGAUGAAGCUAUUGAUUUCUAUCAAAAAUCAUUAGAUAUUCGUGAGAAACUUGCUCCAAUUGGUUAUGUUGGCAUCGCUACCGUUCUUAACAAUAUUGGAUUAGCCUAUUAUGGACAAAGAAAUUAUGAUGAAGCUCUUCAUUUCUAUCAACGAGCACUAGUAUUCCGAGAGAACUUUGACGCAACUGAUCAUGUUGGCAUUGCUGAUAUCCUGAUCAACAUCGCCAAUGUUCUAAAAGAUCAACGAAAGUAUAAUGAAGCCAUUCAAUUUCAACAAAGAGUAUUGACAAUUCGAGAAGAAAAGUAUUCCUCUUGUCAUGAGAAAAUUGCAGAUAGCUUGAAUUGCAUUGGUCACAUUCGACUUGAUCAAAAAGAAUACAAUCUAGCACUCAACUGUUAUCAACGAGCUUUAACCAUCCUCGAAAACUGUUAUCCAUCUGGUCAUGCCGAUAUUGCUGGAACUCUACGAUAUAUCGGUAAUGCAUUAUAUCUACAAGAAAAGUAUGAAGAAGCUCUCGAUUUCUGUCAGAGAGCAUCGAAAAUGUAUGAACAACAUUAUCCAUCUGACUAUGCAAACCUUGCUUUUUGUCUGAAUAAUAUUGGUAAUAUCUUAAGUGAUCAAGGACAUUAUGAUGAAGCUAUUGAUUUUUAUAAUCAAGCACUGGCAUUCUACAAGAAAGAUUCGUCAAAUCAUUCGAGUAUUGCUACUUGUCUGAAUAAUAUAGCUCAAGCUUUAACAAACCAAAGAAAGUAUGAUGAAGCCCUCGAUUUUCAACAACAAGCCUUAGCAAUUUUGAAAAUUUGUAAAACUUGUAAUUUCUUCGGUUCCACACCAGGAUUAGCUGCCAUUAUUGCUGUUAAUGUACAUCCGAACAGUCGACUCAAACUGUGA